UGUCUCAAUCACAUGGAAAUGUUAUCUCCACGUGCUCGCCAAAACGAGAGACGGAGCGCGCUAACCCCAUUGGCGCUAACCAAGCCAGGUGGGUUUUGGUACGUACCUCCCCUGUCAGAAAUAGGAACAUGCAUGCUGGCCAACUGCCAGGCACCUCUCUAACCUGACCAAGCGAAGAGAAAGGGUGUCAGCGCGGCAGCGAAAGUCAAUGGAUUGCCUGCCAGCAUCGAGAUGUCUGCUCGGCAACCGUUACAAGAUAUCCAAGAUGGCACGGCGGUGACAGCCAAAGAUGGUGCCCAACCCGCCAUUUCAAGCGCGACCCCAACGUCGAGCCGGAAGCAGCCCCCGCCCGAGAAGCCGUCCGACAUCCGCCGGCGUUCCUUGGUCAUCCUCUCCUUCUGGCUGAUCGUGCUGUGUCUCGGCCUGCCAAUAUGGUGGAAGACGACCACCAUCUACCGCGCCAACCUCCCCUUGCAGGAAAUGCUAGACUGGGCUGAUGGCAAGGCUUGUCGCCCCGUGUUUCCCUUGCACAUCGCCAUCCAGGCCAACUCGCUCCAGGAACAGGAGGCUCAGAACCUCGUCCGUCUCACCCAACAUGCCCUCGACGAUCUUAACGACUUCUCGGGGCACCACUUACGCCUACAGCUGUCGCCGCCGUCUGGCGACAAGAAGCCGGCCAGCGACCACAGCGCCGCCUUGACCAUCCGCCUAGUUCCGGGCGACUCGACCACGUCGGCGCUGGAUCAAUACGCGCCCGUCCUCGACAUCACGUACCCGCCGAAUACAAUUCCGUCCCCGACUUCGUCUUCGUCGUCACUCGCCACGUAUGUCGCCAGCCAACUACGGUCUACGUUCGCCGAGGAGCAGACCAUUAUCUCGUAUCUGCUCUCUUCCUCCAGCUCCACGCCGCCCGAACAUCGGGCCCAGGGCUUGACGCCCGAGGCUGCCGAGCUGCUUUCCAAGCGCACCACGAGGUCGCUAAAAUACGCGCCGACCUACCACCUUACCUUUUCCCUCUUCACGAGCGGGCCGCUGCCGAGCAGCUGGGACAUUGAGGCCGCCACCGACGAGUACAUGAAGCCCGUGCUUGACGUGCUGGCACCUAUUCACAAUUUCACCAUUGAUACGCAGGUGCAGCUGUAUGCGACGCCCGGGGUGCAAAACCAAGUUCUCAGCAAGGAGGACCUCUCGUCCUUCAUCAACGCCGCGGAAUGGCCGCUCUCGCCGUCCAUCGGCGGUGCGCCGACUGUAAACUUUGUGGUUUUUGUCGGCAACCAAACAAUCAUGGCUCCUCCGACGACAUCCGAGGGUGCCGACAGCGAGCUGCCGACGUUCCAGUCCUUCCUGAUCCCUCAGUGGGGCACCGUCUACCUGCUGCCGCUCCCGCACAACACGCCGCACCUGUCGGUCGCGAUGCUCAAGCAGCCUCUCCUGACGUUCACGUCGCACCUGCUGUCGCUGACGGGGGCGCCGCAGUCGGGCUCGCUCCCCCUGCGCCUCUCGACGCUGGCGCGCAUCCGCUCGGCCGACCUGCUGCUGCGGGCGUCGUCGACGCUGGGGUCACUCGCGCGGCUCUCGCUAGCGCUGCCGUCCAUCUCAAUCCCCAGCAGCGUGGCGGACGGCGUGUCCAAGACCAUGGCGCACUUGCGGCUGGCGUGCGAGACGCUAGGCGGCGCCGACGGGCUGGCGCACGCGCGCAUCGCCGAGUCCGAGGCCGAGCGCGCCUUCUUCGAGAAGAGCAUGGUCGGCCAGCUGUACUUCCCCGACGAGCACAAGAUCGCCGUCUACCUGCCGCUGCUAGGGCCUGUGGCCGUCCCGCUCCUCAUGGGGCUGCUGAACGAGAUCAAGGCCUGGAGGAAGCGCAGGCGCGAGCGGGCGGAGAAGGGGGCCGAGAAGAAGGCCAAGUAGGACCUGUGUUGAACGAUGGUGUGGUUUUGAGUGUGUUCUCUUUGUUGUCAUGCAUCACAGUACACGGGUAUAAAUGUAAAAAUGAAGCAAAGAAUGGGAAAUUGAAGUCCUGUAACUCCAGCGGCAAUAAGGCGAUUGCUGUGAUUCGCAUCGUGUGCACAGAACGCUUCAUUUAAUCCAUUAGCCCUAUCUAGUUGAUUUGUGGUCAUUGUUCGGGCUAGAACUGUGCAAUAAUUUGCUCUAGCACACACCCACCUCAGUGAGCCGUCCUCCUUCUCGAAAUUGUCCGUUGCUAUCCAAACCUUUAGUUAAC